GCCCGGAGCAGAGCCCGGAGCAGAGCCCGGAGCAGCGCUGCCGCAGCCGGAGCGGGGCCAUGGAGCAGUACUUCUCAGCCACGCACAGGAUGGAGCAGGAGGUGAUGUUCCCCAGCCUGCUCCGAGGGGUCUUCCCGCAGCAGCAGCACGGGGAGGCUCCGGAUGCCGAUGGCCACACGGACCUCUACGAGCGCUACCAGCAGCUCAAAGCCAUCAAGUCCAUGGUGGAGAAGGGCCUGGCCUCUGUCAAUGACCGGAGCUUGAGCAGCAGCGAUGCAGAUGCAGAUGCAGAUACAGCCGAAGAUGAGGGUGUAGAUGGUAACCUGGAGGAGCGGCUCUCCCAUCAUGUCAAUGGGUUGCAGCAGGUUCUGACAGACCUGACCAAGAACACCAAAGCUCUCACGCGGAGGUACAGCCAGAUCCUGGAGGAGAUCAACCUCAGUGAUGAUCAGCCCAGCUCUUGAGCCUGCACCCCCAGCCUGUGAGGGUGAUCUGUUGUUUGCAGCCCAGUGGCUCUGUGUCAAGUCCCAUGAGGAGCAUCCUUCAUGAGCAGUGCAGAGCUUGGUCGUCUACCCACCGGGUGCUGCUGGUACCAUCCAACUUGCCCUGUGGCCGAUCCUGCUGGCAACCUUGCUGCUUCCUUCACCCUGUCCCAGGGGGAAUUCUGCAUGGCAGAAACGAGUGUUUGUGUUAUUGCUCUGCAGGAGGCGUCUGUACCUUGGAAGCGAUGCUUUGUUCUCUGUCUAACCCUCCCCACCCAACCUCUUGGAUGUAAAUAAAAUGCCAAGCCUUGUA